UUGGUUUCGUCCCGGCUCUCUCAGCUUCUGCCCACGCUACUGGCCUCUUCUUUUGCGGGACCUUCUUCAUUCUCUUCAGUUUUGCAGCAUCUCUCUCUUUCUCUCUUUCAUUCUCUUAAAUUAAAUGAAAUUGAAUUAUUGAUGAAGAAGAAGUUGAUUCACCUAAACAAACAGGACGGAAGAAGAAUACGAAGAAGAAGUUGCGACCACCGCCAUUUAUGAUUUAUUCUCGCUCUGCCCUAGCCCUCUCUUCUCGCACCCAAUUUUCUCUCUCUUUCUCUCUCUCCAGGGGGUAAGGCUAAAGUUUGCCCGAUCGUUUUGCAAUUGAAGUUAAGAGGAAGUCAUCCUAGAUUCACACAUUCGUUAGUAGGGAAGGUUUGAAUAUCAACCAUGCCUUCUCUACAACUACUGCAAUUAACUGAGCACGGCCGGGGUAUUCUGGCAUCGAGGAGGAAAACUUUAUUACUAGCUACAGGCAUCGUAUUCGCCGGUGGGACUGCUGCAUACGUGCAAUCUCGAUUUAGCAGUAAAAGACGCGAUUCUUUUAGUCACUACAAUGGGCUAGAUAACAAUAAAGGAAAUUCAGAAGUGUUAGCAAAUGAUAAAAAUCUGAAGAAAAAUUCAGAAAAAAAGGGCGGAUUGAAGUCACUCAAAGUACUUGCUGCAAUCCUCUUAUCCAAAAUGGGUCGAAUGGGUGCAAGAGACCUUUUAGGUUUAGUAGCAAUUGUGGUGUUGCGAACUGCUUUGAGCAACAGACUGGCAAAAGUGCAAGGAUUUCUAUUCCGUGCAGCUUUUCUUCGGCGUGUACCACUAUUUUUUCGGCUGAUUUCAGAGAAUAUUUUGUUAUGUUUUCUCCUUUCAUCCAUGCAUUCUACUUCAAAGUACAUUACAGGGACCUUAAGCCUGCGGUUCAGAAAGAUUUUGACAAAAAUAAUCCAUUCUUAUUACUUUGAGAGCAUGGCAUAUUACAAAAUAUCACAUGUAGACGGUCGGAUAACAAAUCCUGAACAAAGAAUUGCUAGUGAUGUACCAAAAUUCUGUUCAGAGUUGAGUGAAAUAGUGCAGGAUGAUUUAAUAGCAGUCACUGAUGGUCUGCUUUAUACUUGGCGCCUUUGUUCAUAUGCCAGCCCAAAAUAUGUCUUUUGGAUAUUGGCAUAUGUACUAGGAGCUGGGACAAUGAUUAGAAACUUCUCUCCUGCUUUCGGAAAAUUAAUGUCCAAAGAACAACAGCUGGAAGGAGAAUAUAGACAGCUUCAUUCACGGUUGAGGACCCAUGCAGAAAGUAUAGCAUUUUAUGGUGGAGAGAGUAGAGAAGAAUCCCAUAUUAAGGAAAAGUUUCAGACACUUAUUAGACAUCUGAGAGUUGUCCUUCAUGACCAUUGGUGGUUUGGCAUGAUUCAAGACUUUUUAUUGAAGUACCUUGGUGCUACUGUUGCUGUUAUUCUGAUUAUUGAGCCCUUCUUUUCGGGCCAUUUAAGACCUGACACUUCAACUUUAGGGCGUGCAGAGAUGUUGAGCAAUCUAAGAUAUCACACUAGUGUCAUAAUUUCGCUAUUUCAGUCUCUGGGAACACUUUCUAUAAGUGCAAGACGACUUAAUCGUCUCAGUGGUUAUGCAGAUCGCAUUCAUGAGUUAUUGGUCAUAUCAAGAGAGCUAAGUAUUGGUAGUGACAAAUCUCUGAUGAAAACAUCUCAGAGUAGAAAUUGCUUUAGUGAGGCUAAUUAUAUCGAGUUUGCCGGUGUUAGGGUUGUUACCCCAACUGGUAAUGUCUUGGUGGACGAUUUGACUCUUAGAGUUGACUCAGGAUCUAAUCUUCUGAUUACAGGUCCAAAUGGUAGUGGGAAGAGCUCACUUUUCAGAGUACUAGGAGGCCUCUGGCCCCUUGUAUCUGGCUACAUCGCAAAACCUGGAGUUGGUACUGAUCUCAACAAGGAAAUAUUUUAUGUACCACAAAGGCCAUACACAGCUGUAGGAACACUUAGAGACCAGUUAAUUUAUCCUCUUACCGCGGAUCAGGAGAUCGAACCACUCACACAUGAUGGAAUGGUGGAGCUGUUGAGAAAUGUUGACCUUGAGUAUCUACUAGACCGUUAUCCGCCUGAAAAAGAGAUUAAUUGGGGUGAUGAGCUAUCUCUUGGCGAGCAACAAAGAUUGGGAAUGGCCAGACUGUUCUAUCAUAAGCCUAAGUUUGCAAUUCUUGAUGAGUGUACUAGUGCCGUCACAACUGAUAUGGAGGAACGCUUUUGUGCUAAAGUUGGAGCAAUGGGAACAUCAUGCAUUACCAUCUCACAUCGUCCAGCUCUAGUUGCAUUUCACGAUGUGGUGUUGUCAUUGGAUGGUGAAGGAGGUUGGAGUGUUCACUAUAAAAGGGAUGACUCCCCAGUCCUUGAUGAAGUGGGGAUAAACACAAUGAAGCCUUCCGAGACACAUCGCCAGACUGAUGCAAUGGCAGUGAAACGAGCGUUUGCUGCAAGUAAAAAGGAUUAUGCAUUCUCGAAUUCAAAGGCACAAUCUUACAUUGCAGAGGUUAUAGCUAAUUCUCCGCCUAUGGAUCAUGCUGUUUCCUUGCCAGUUUUCCCACAACUCCGUGGGGCUCCACGGGUAUUGCCCUUGAGAGUAGCUGCGAUGUUUAGAGUAUUGGUCCCAACAGUGUUCGAUAAACAAGGAGCACAAUUGCUUGCAGUUGCUUUUCUUGUUGUAUCUAGAACUUGGAUUUCAGAUCGUAUUGCAUCACUAAAUGGAACUACUGUGAAAUACGUUUUGGAGCAGGAUAAGGCAGCCUUCAUUCGUUUAAUUGGUAUUAGUAUUCUUCAGAGUGCUGCUUCUUCUUUUGUUGCCCCAUCUUUAAGGCACCUGACAGCCAGGCUGGCUCUGGGAUGGAGGAUUCGAUUGACCAAACACUUACUGAAGAAUUAUCUGAGAAAGAAUGCAUUCUACAAGGUCUUCCACAUGUCGAGCAAAAAUAUUGAUGCCGAUCAGAGAAUAACUCAUGACCUGGAAAAGUUAACAACUGACUUGUCAGGACUCGUGACGGGAAUGGUAAAGCCAACUGUAGACAUUCUGUGGUUUACCUUGAGAAUGAAGCUAUUGACUGGUCAAAGGGGUGUUGCUAUAUUGUACGCCUACAUGUUACUGGGCCUGGGUUUUCUUAGGGCUGUUACCCCUGAAUUUGGCGAUUUGGCAAGUCAAGAACAACAGCUUGAAGGAACCUUCAGGUUCAUGCAUGAAAGAUUGCGCACUCAUGCUGAAUCUGUUGCUUUCUUUGGAGGUGGUGCUCGAGAAAAAGCUAUGGUUGAAACAAAAUUCAGAGAGCUUCUUGACCAUUCCUUGAUUCAUUUGAAGAAGAAAUGGCUGUUUGGUAUACUGGAUGAAUUCACAACAAAGCAACUUCCACAUAAUGUAACUUGGGGGUUGAGCUUGUUAUAUGCCAUGGAACACAAAGGAGAUCGGGCAUUGGUAUCCACUCAAGGUGAACUUGCUCAUGCGUUACGGUUCUUAGCAUCUGUUGUAUCUCAGAGCUUUUUAGCCUUCGGUGACAUUCUUGAAUUGCAUCGGAAGUUUGUGGAACUCUCUGGUGGUAUCAAUCGAAUUUUUGAGCUUGAAGAGCUUCUAGAUGCUGCUGAGUCUGAUGAUACUCAGUCACUGUCUAAAAGGAAACAUAUUUCCUCUGAGGAUGCCAUUACCUUCUCUGAGGUCGACAUCAUCACCCCUGCACAAAAAUUGUUGGCUAGGAAAUUGACAUGUGAUAUAGUACCUGGAGAAAGCCUGCUCGUUACUGGUCCAAAUGGGAGUGGAAAAAGUUCUGUUUUCAGAGUUCUUAGAGGCCUUUGGCCCAUCAUGAGCGGGAGGCUCACUCAUCCAUCACAACAUGUCUCUGAAGAGGUCGGCUCAGGUUGUGGUGUGUUCUAUGUUCCUCAGCGGCCGUACACAUGUUUGGGAACCCUUAGAGAUCAAAUUAUAUAUCCUCUCUCCCAGAAGGAAGCAGAGUUGAGGGCAUUGAAGUUCUACAAGAAAGAUGAAAAUUCUUCCGAUGCCAAAAAUAUUCUGGACAUGCACUUGAAAAGUAUCCUGGAAAAUGUCCGACUGAAUUAUCUUUUGGAAAGGGAGGAAAGUGGCUGGGACGCUAAUUUGAAUUGGGAAGAUAUUCUCUCUCUUGGAGAACAGCAAAGAUUAGGCAUGGCACGCUUAUUUUUCCACAAGCCUAAAUUUGGCAUCCUUGACGAAUGCACAAAUGCUACAAGUGUAGACGUUGAAGAACAUCUUUAUAGGCUCGCAAAGGACAUGGGUAUCACAGUAGUUACAUCCUCACAACGUCCUGCUCUGAUACCAUUCCAUUCGAUUGAAUUGCGGCUUAUAGAUGGUGAGGGUAAUUGGGAGUCGCGUUUAAUCAAGCAAUGAUACAAUUUGAUUUAGUAGAAUUGUGGCUUUUAUCAUUGGCGAGGGUAACUGGGAGUUGCUUUCAAUCAAGCAAUGAGAAUUAUUCUGCUGCCGGCGACUACUUGAAACUUGCUGAAUGGUAUUGGAUCAACGUUACAAAGUUACAAGUCAUGUUAAAUCCAAGCAAGAGGUUAUUUUUUAGGUGAAAUUUAUUAUUUUUUAACAACAUAUAGCAAGAUAUGUUAUUCUGCUCGAUACAUAACUGGGGCCUAUAGAAAAAGGAGAAAGCCAAUAACACAAGUCUUGGGGCAUUACUAUUAAAUUGUAGACAACAAGAUAGAGAGCUACAUGCAUGUAAUUAUUUCUGUAGCACAAAAGUUAUUUUUGUACAGUUUUCCCCCUCAUUCUAAAAGGGUUCUUGUUUUUCUGUUUUUUUUUUUUUUGCUGGAAUAUUCUAAAAAUUAUUUUUGUUGUAAGAAUUAGUCUCUUAACAAUACUCAUUGUUAG